CAGGACCCCCUCCGUCGUGUGCUCUCCCCGGCGCCCUUGCUCUCGCAAUUACGGUCGCACGUCGUGCUGGACGUUCGAUUCGUGCUCCGGGUGGCAUGCAGGGGUAAGAGAGGAGGCGAUUGCGAUCCUUCGCGUAGUUUUUGGUGGAGAAUUGUGUCCAGCAGGAGCCGAUUUCAUGGCUUGAGAUUGGUGCUCGAAUUUGGAUCCCUUAGCCGGAUCUUCUUGCGGGGACACUUAGUGCAGCCCUAAAGAUGGCGAGGGUAAGGGUUAUGUUUGAUUACUUUUCGGGAGGAGGGGGAGGAGGAAAAGUUAGUUUCGGCGUGGGAAGUUGUUGGAGCACAUUCGUAUGUUGACUUCGUCACAAAAUGGGCGAUUGUGGGAGAUCUGUGCAAGUUGAAAGUUGCGCAACAUCACUUGCACAGGACAUGUCUGUUGCAGGUGACAUCGCAAGGCGUUUCGAGCAGCUUGAGACCCAGUGGAUGAGCUUUCAGAAAAAGUCUUCAAAAUUGGAAGGCGAUAAGGGUAACUUACAGAAACCAACGGCGAGCUCACCUCGCAAUCAUUCGCAGAAGAAUGCGGUCUCAUGUGCUUCUUCCUCUUACUCCAAUCCGUUGUUUACGAAUCAUACAACAGCCAAGCCUUCACAAACCACUGGCGAGAGGACGCCAUCAUCCUCGAGCAGGGCCGGUGUUCCUCAUGCUGGGUCAACGACAAAUCCUGAUAGACCAAUUUUAUCCUAUUUUCGUCAAAGAAAAGUUGGUAAUGUAGCCACCUCCCCCAGAGAUCAAUCGAUUGCUAAGGAUGACAACUCGUCAUCUCAAAUUUCCCCGUCGGCAUCCAUGGCUAGUUCUUGUCAAAACUCUGGAAAGACAUCCAAAGAUGGGCAAGUAUCACCCUCGAGUGAAACUAUGUACUCAAGAGCAACAGUGCCCACUUUCUUUUGUGACAAACCUCCCCAUGGUCCUGUAGUUCAAAGUAUAUCCAAGACCCCAACUCUUGGAAAUGAGAAGUAUGUGAGCUGUGCAGCAUCAAUAAAUUCUCGACAAAGUUUGCGCAAGAAGAAUGAGUUUAGAAGAGAGCUCAGAACCAGUCUCAAGCUACCAAAAAUUUUGGGGCUGGAAUGUCCAGACCAGUCCACUUCACCGACGAAGUUUUCAACCGGAGAUGAUAUGCAUGAUUGUGACGCCGAAAUGAUCGAGAGUCUUCAUCCCAUUGCAUAUCCUUCAUCAUCAGAUCCUGCAACCUAUUCCUCCGGAAAAGGACCUCCUGAGUCACAUCUAUCAUCUUUAAAACAUUCAGAAGAAUCGAAUGAUCCACAUAUUGAUCAAUCAAGGUCUCCUCCAAGUGCUCCUCACAUACCAGUUCCUGGGGCAAAUUUGCACUUAAACCCGUUAGAAUUUGGAGCUCUAGACAGAAAUAUAUCUUGGCGAAUUCUUGCAGAACGAGGUGUAUUAGCCGCAGGAGCUCUCAGGCUGGACAGAACCUCUUCUGAGCUAAACUUGGAGGAUGCAAAGAAUUUAUCAAACGACAUGUCAUCAAAAAAUGUAAACGAGUCGCCUUCGAUGAACGGGAGCAUGUUGAAGCUCGAAGUUCAGGUUGACAAGAAGGAUAUUUUUGAGCCGGAGAAUGUAAAGCUGGGACAGAAUCUUGGCAGGCAUGCCGUGCAGAUUAAUUGGGAAUUACGAUUGUCUAAACGGGAGGCUGCGCUUCGGAUUGCUGAGGAAAAGGUGUUGGAGGAGCAGCAUAGCGUUUCACAAGCUCGGCUUGCAGUUAGCAGAUGCGAAGCUAAUUUGCGUCAGAGGGAACUGGAAGUGCAACGAGAAUCAGAGAAGCAGAAGAGCGAUUUUGGAGAAUCGGUGAAGUCGAUAGAAACAGGGAGAACAGUAAUAAAUAAGCUUUACACAGGACUGAAGGACGUGCUUUGGCAUUUGGAGCAGAAGGAGAGAAUGAUCCAAACCACUUGGCUAGAACUCAAGGAAUCAAUUGACUUUGAAAGCAUGCUAGGGGAUCAUUCUUUUGGCUUUGAACCAGAGACGUCACAGAAAGAUACUAGAAGUGCUACUUUCGAUGGCAUCUCUUUCCUGAUCGCAGAGGGAAAGUGCGAAGAGUGGUGCUCUACAGUGGUUGGUAUCUGUGAGCGCCUAGUUAGUUAUAUGAGCCGCGAGACCCAUCUUCAGAACUGGGCUACUAUAUUGGAGAGAGAGGGAGUGCGAAUGGCCAAAAUGGCCAAAGAGAUAGCCAAAGCUAAGGAAGCUGCUAACGAACAAUGUGCUCGAUCUGAAGAUAUGAUGAAAUGUGCUGACGAGCAGGCCGCCUGUAUGGACGAGGAACGGGUGAAGCUUGCAAGAGAACGUGAUAAUCUUAUCCUCUGGGUGACGCACCUUCAAGAGCGUCGCAAGGCCGUGGCAGAGUGUGAAAGAGAAGCUGCCACGUCCUUGGCAGAAGUGCAGAAGAAAGCAGCUGACCUCUUUGUUCAUGAGUCGAACAUAGACGGAAGAGCCCUUGAAAUUUCUUCCCUUCAAGAAGAGUUGAGAGUUACGUCUCAAAGGUUACAGGAUGACCAAGAGCUUAUUAAUCGAGAGAAGCACAAAGUCCAGGAGAAGUUGAGGCAGGCUGUAGGGAGGGAGCGAGAGGCUGACUCUAAAAUCUCUGUUAUGAAGAAGCUGCAGGAGGAGUUAAACACCAAAGCAGAACAGCUGGAGAAAGAUAGAGCUGUUGAUGAGAAGAGGAAAGAGAAACUCUUGUUUACUCUUCAAGAAACUGAGGGUAAAAUAAAUGCUAAAGAAAUGUCUCUCCAUCAACUUGAGAAAGAAUUGGAACACAAGGUUGCUUCUGCAGAAGAGAUGACAAAUAAUCUCAAUGAAAGGGAAAAGCUGCUUAGUGAACUUCAGAGGCAGAUGGAACAAGAGCGGUUCAAAGUACGAGAGAUGAUGGCCAGCUUGGGGAAAGGUAAAGUUCGUUUAAAAGAGGCAGAGGAGGCAAUAGCUGAAGCACACAGCUCAAAGAAAAGCGCUGAGGAGGCGUGGGCUCGAACGGCUCAGGAACGGCGGGAAUCUACAGAGUAUUUGAAAUCAGUUGAGGAGCGUUUGAAACAGUGGGAUGAUAGAUUACGCAUUAAAGAAAAAGAGCUACAAGGGCAGCAGAAAAAGCUCCUUGAAAUUGAGAAUCAAGCGAGGGAAGAGCAGGAGCACUCUGAGGCAUUACAUGCAAAAUUGGUGCAGGAACAAGAAUCUUGGAGCCUAGAACUGAAAGCCAAGCAGGAGAGCCUGUCAAAACGAAACAGAAUCUUGGAUGCCAAAGAGGAGGAAAUUAAUAAUGAUUUGGAGAGACUGACUGAAGAGAGAAGAGUUACACUGGAGGACAUUAAACGCCUUGCAGAGAUGGAAGCUCGAGCUUGGAAUGCCGAGAGAGAUUUACAGGCUAAGCACGACGAUCACCUCAAAGAAGUUCGAAAGCAUGCCACCGAGUAUCAUAGUCAAGUGGAAGAUUUAGAGUUGGCAAAGCGUGAAGUCAAAAACGAGUUUGAAGAAGUUCGUGCAAAGAAGCAGGAGUUGAAAAUCUGGCAACGAGAAGCAGAAGAAACUCUGCACACCAGGAUUGACAGCUUCGUAAAGGGAAAGGAGGAGUUGACUGCUCAAAUCAAAGAGCUGAAAAAGCUCCAAAUGGAUAUUGAAAAAGCUGGCUCUCAAAUUAUAGAUCGUGUUGCGGAACUAGAUCAAGCAUCUAAUAGACUCGAGCGCCAGCGCCAUAAAGUCGAAACGUCUAAAACUAAGCUUGAGGGACUUGCCGACAAGCUAGCUACACAUCAAGAGGUCCUGAAGCGCCGAGAAAGUGAAUUUUUGAUUCAGGAAUCAAAACUGGUCGCGAUUCAAAAUGGGCUUAAGAAGAUGGCUGCAGAAGCUGCAACUAAGGAAAAGAAUCUGAAAAGUCGUGAGCAGGCGGUCACUGACAGUGAAAAUGAAUUGCGUGAUGUGGAAGCUAGACUGGUAAGUGAGAGGAAAGAUUUAGAGAAGAUGAUUGCGGAGGUGGAGCAGCAUGCUGCCAAACUGAAAGAGGAGACAGCUUCUGUGGAGGAAAUUAAUCGCAAUCGCACACGCGAUGAGGUUAUGAUUGAAGAAAAACGGGAACAGCUGCUGAGUAAAGAACGGGAGCUAACAGACUUUGAAACAGAUUUAAGAACGAAAGCAAAAAGCUUGGAAGAGCAUGGACAGACUAUUUCCAAACUGGAAAUGCAGGUGAAGGAGCGGUUGCAGAGGGCUGUAGAGUUUGAAACGAAGUCUGAAGAACUUGAGAAAGGAUGGGAAAGACUGGCUGCAGAGAGAGAGGCACUAAACAGUGCAAAAAUGGAAAUUCAGAAAACAGAUGAAACUCAUAAGGUUCAAUGGCAGUUGGAUAUAGAAAAAGACCAGAAUAAAAGACAGCGGGCGGAGACGUUGGAGGUGCUUCGUGUCCGACAGGCUGCCUUGGAAGCCCGUGAAGCAAAAUCAAUUGAAAAGGAGACGUCCUUACUUGUAAUGGAGCAAGAUACCAAAGCCCACAAAGAUCAAGUCGAGAAAGAUGCCCAAUUACUGCGGCAGCAAUUGCACGGAGCGCGUGCUGAGCUUGAAGACCAGCGGCGAUAUGUAGAGGAGAAGCGUAACGAAGCAGAGGCAAUGGCAACUAUUGUAGAGGAGAGAGAAGCUAGACUGAAGCUUAAAGAGCAAGAGCUGGCUGAAAGAAAGGCUGAUGUGGCGCACCGGAUGAGCAAACCAGAAAAGAAGGAGGUUCUGCUCGGUUGCCAACAAGUUUCCAAGGAUUUCAGGGGUGAGCAAGUCUGGGUUAACCAAAUGGAUGAAUGCAUGGAAGAUCGCGUAAAACAAAUGGAAGAAGCAUUUCAGAAGGAAGCUGAUAGGAUUUCCCAGGAAAGAGCUGAUCUGAAAGUACAACAGCAGGAUUUAGAAGAAACAAGGAAAGCAGUUGAGGAAGUCAAGCUGACUCUAACAGCACAACUGAAGGCAACAAAACAAAUGGUUGCAGACGCUUCUAUGACGGCGCAAAAUGCAUCCAGAGAGAGGGAAUCUUUGGAAGAAGAGCGGAAGCGUCUCGAUCAAGACCGGAAGAAUGCAGAGGCAUCCGUGGCUGCUAAAGAAGAAAAGCUAGCUUUGGAAGCAAAGCAACUGGAGAAAAUGACGAGUAUGCUAGAGCAGGAGAAAACGAAAGCAAUGGAAUUGAUUCAGCAGGCUGCCAAAAGGGCGAUGGCUGCUGAGCUUGCCAAGGUAGAAUGCAGUAAUAUUUCUCGAUGGGACUCUAUCAUGAUGCAACAAAAUGUAAGUCAAUGCGAGGCAAGUCUCAAUGAUAGAGAGAGGGAGCUCAGUUCUACCGCAGAGGCAAUUAGAAGGGAGAAAACGAGCUUAAAAGAGGAGAGGGUGCAAGUGAAGUUGUUACAAGACGCGUUGGAAAGAGAGCAGAUGGAAUAUACAAAUGUUAACUUACGAAAUGCUGCGAAAGUUGAAGUCUUAGUUAAGGAUGCGGGGAGCCGAAUUUCUUGGGAGGAAAUUAAAAAGAGAAGAGAAAGGGAACGGGUGGGGGGAGCUUACGGCUGGGAUCAAACUGCCGAAGGAACCUCAAACGGCAGAAACCAUAUUGCUGAACAAGAUUUUUCCUUUUCAGCAAUGAAAGACGGAUUGGAGAUUAAUGGUGGUAGAUGCGAUGUCAGUGAAGGGUGUACCAGGAACAAGCAAGCACAUCGCGGAGUUGCCAACCAUAAAGUUUCGAACAUGAAGUGGGAUGAAGCAUUUGGAUUCGCAACCUCUAGCAUAAGCGGUUCCUACACGCCAGAGAAGACGACUGGUAACAGCAGCUUUCGUCAUAUUAUUGAAAAAAAUGAUGUACCAAGUCGGAAGAGAUUGGAGAACGUGAUGACCAGUCUGAUGCAGGCUAGACAAGCCAGCCGCAGUCGCUUGCAGCGAACUGAAAAUGCUUUACUUGCCAUUCCUCCAUCAUCUGGGUUCAUCACUCAAGUGCAGCAGGCUCUCAACACUCUGUCUGCCCGGUUAAGGUUAAUGGAACAGAUAGAAGAAGGGCUGGAGAGUCAUCUAAGAAACGCCUACGAAACAGAAGCAUCUGAAUCUGAAGGAAUGUUAGUUGACAAGGUGCAGUUAUUAAGCCGUAUGGAGGAGCAGCAAAGUUUGCGUGCUGAAUGGGAAGAGGACAUGCAAAGUCAGCUUGAGACUAUCAGCAUGCUUCAAGCUGCAUCUAGAAGCUCUUCGAACUUCUGCACACCGCCAAGAAUUCUAAAUCAAGGUGCACCACCCCUGAGUGAUAAGCAGAAUCACAGCAUUAACGUGUAUCAGGAGGGUAAGGAACAUGCCCCUUAUGACAUGAUCACGAGUGUUGGUAAUGCUGGAGAGGUAUCAAAUGCAGACCCACAUGAUAGCGGCGGUUCAAGGCCAUCGAAGCAAUUUUCUACACACGACUGGAAUUCUACAUUCGAGCCACAACAAAUCGUAGACUCCAAAGAGCUCUCUUAUUCCCCUUUCGUUGAUUACGACUACUUGAGUAACCCAGCCAACCAGCAGUCUGUGAAUUUUGGAACUCAUGAUCUAGAAAGUCUUGAUAGAAAUACACGGAGGAGGCUUCUCUUGUCUCCACCACAGAUGACUUUUGGUUAAAGUUUUCCGGAUGCUGCCAAAUAUCAAGACUUACCGAAGUUUUAAUUAGCUCCAAAAGGUUCACCUAAAGCAGAGGACGACCUCGGUUUACAGGAUCCAGUCUUAUUUGUGGAUUGUAGCGGUACACUUGGAGCUUCCAGUGUUUGACAUAAAUGUACAAAUGGUUGUUUUGGAGAUGUGCAGAUGCAACGUUUCCACUCUGAGCUGGCAUCACAAUGUUCUGUGUUUUGCCUGGUGAGGACUACUUGCAAUGUACCUGUGACCUAUUGACUUAUGUUGCUGAAGACAUGGGAGCGAUAAUCUUAUACAAAUUGCUUGGAUCAUGUCUCUGGGGAAGUUCACACAUGGAGGAAGUAUGCAAAAGAUGUGAAAAUCGGAACUUCGCCUGAAGUCAAGGAAUUUUACUUAACAAUUUUUGUUGAGAAUUUAUUUCAAUUUUACAACCAUAAAGAUAGUUAGGUUACAAUUAUAAGUUACCCCAGUCAAACUAUUCCAUUGGCAGAAUUUCAGUUAUCCCCUAGAGAUUUUCUUCCAAUGGUAUAGAUUGACUGGGGUAACUUAUAAUUGUAACCUAACUAUCUCUAUGGUUGUAAAAUUGAAAUAAAUGCCAUUUUGAGGUGGUGUUCAUGUUGCAAAUGAAUGUAUAUAAGUUUGAGGAUUGUAGGCUUCAACAAUGUGCCUCUAUUCUUUGAUGCACAAUUGUGAUCUAAAUUUAUUAUAAGCAAUUCCUGAUUAUAAAACAAAAACAACAAUCUAAACAAUUCGAUUAUUCAAUUUUGUGAA